AUGGGGAAGUCACAAAAGAAGAAAUCCAUGCGCAGGCAUAACCCGAUGCGGGUGCCCGAUUCGCAUCUUCCAAAAGGCCUCGCCUCUGCCUCAUCCACUUCCGCCAAAACUGAGGCCAUUCUGCCAAUCCUCCAGAAGAUGGGAAGUGCCGAUGCCGCUGAGCGUCAAUGGGCCUGUGUCGCCGUGUCCAACUUGAUAUACAAUGAUCCCUCGACGCGUCGACUGUUGCAGGGCAAGAACGUCGUCGGCGCUCUGAUCACGCGUCUGUCCGAUCCAGAGGAGGAGGUCGUAGUGGAAGCUGCUGGGGCUCUCAGGAACCUGUGCAUUGACGGCGGCUAUGAUAUCUGCGCGGAGAUGUAUAAUAAGAACAUUCUCGCUCCCCUCUCGACCUUCAUCCCCAAAAUCUCCAAUAUGCUCUCGCAAUACCUGGAGAGCCCAAAAGCCGCGCCGGAGAACGCUCAGAUGCUUGUAUAUGCAUUCGCCGACAACGUUGUGACCAUACUAUGGUGUCUAUCGGAGACGUCUAACAAGGCUUUGAACGCCGUGAACCAACUCGACCUUGUGCCUUUCCUCGCGUCGUUCUUGGCUGCUCGUGACAAGCUCCCACUGUCGACCGUCACAUCAGCCGCCCAAUGCCUAUAUGUGUUGACGGAUGAUAAUGCGCCGGCAGUCAACGCCGUUCGCUCGAAUUUCGCAUACCUUUCAAGUCUGCACGAGAUCGCCAUGGCACAAGGCGCACAUCGCGAUCCAAAAGGGAAAGGGCCUGCAUCAGAGGAGAAGGCGAUCACUCUCAGCAUCCUGGCAUGCGGUAUACUGCGCAAUGUCUAUCCCUUCCCACCUCCGUCUGCGCUCGCGUCGCUGGAUGUUGACAAGGAGGUUCUCCUCCCUGUGCUUGUGCCCGUGAUCUCGUCCGCAUCCCUGCAAGAUGCUUCGGCGUCUGUGCAGCGCAUCGUUCAAUCGCAGGCAGAUCAACCACCUCCAGUCGAUAAGCCGUCCAUUAAGGGCGCUCUUUCCGACCACAAAUCCCCCGAAACGAUCGAGCUGGAGCGUAUAGAGGCUCGUUUGCGAGCCGUUCAGCUUGCGCUGGAGAUGCUUACUGGCGUUUGCGCCACGCUCCCGGACCCAGACUUUGGCAUUGACGAGUCUGCACCCGAGGAAGACGGUGAUGAUGAAGAUGAAAAAGACGCUGGAGACGAGAAAGCUGAAGAUGAUGACGAGGCAAUGGAAGAUGAUCCUAUCGAAGACAAACUCAUCGACGGGCCUGCCGCAAAUGGCGCACCUCUGGCGACAUCAUCCUCAAUCCUUCCUUCGAUCCUAUCGCCACUCCUCGACCUUAUACAGCCUACACCAUUAUCCUUCCCGCCACCGGGCGCGCCCUCACCUCACCCACCAACUACAUCAGCGCUCAGUGCCAUCCAUAUCGCCGCGCUCGAGUGUCUGAAUAACGUUUUCCUCGCUCUGGCUGCGAACCCCAAUUCGGCUCUCGCGGAGGAUGUUGCUGCGGGAACGAGAGUCUGGGAGGCCGUUUGGACGGCGUUGAGUGCUGCGGGCACCGAGGGUGGUCUGGGGCAGGAGCGGAGGAUGCAACUUUGGGAGGUUGCCGUGGGAGUGCUCUGGGCCGUUGGUUCGGUAUGGUCGGGGAAGCUUCCCGCCGACGAAGAACGCAUCAAAGUGCUCAUGACGCUGUGUGAUACCCAAUCGGAUGAUACCAUACGGAUAAAGGUCAUCGGCACUCUGGAAAGCAUAGCGCAGCGGCCAGAUGCGAUUGAUGCCAAUCGUGUGAUUGCAAACUACCUCUUAUCCCUCCUGCCUUCCGGUACACAGCCCUCGCCCAUAGGCACCGAGCCCAUGCUCCAAGCCACAUCGUCGAUCAUUGACAUAUACUCCGACGAGGAACGGCCAUACGAUGUCGUCUUCCGCCAGGGUAACUUCGAGCGCCGUUUGGCGGAUGCCACAGAAGGCGUACGAAAGGCAGUACGCGGGAUUGAUAGGAAGAAGGAAGGAGGGCGGGAGUUGAAGAGGCGCGGAGAGGAGGUGAGAGAUAACUUGGUGGAGUUUAUCAAGUAUCGGAGGGCGCUCAAGUUCUGA